AUGGCGCUCGCGCCACCGCCGCCCGCCAACAGCACGUGCGGGGGCGGCGAUGGGGGCGGGGCGGGCGGGGCGGGCGCGGCGUGGGGGCUGCAGUACCUGUGGAACGUGAGCGCGCCGGCCGGCGUGUGCUGCGUGGCGCUCUUCGCCGCCGUCAAGCUGCGCGCCGAUCACCGCCUGCCGUCCGCGCGCCACGCGUGGCGGAAACUGCGCGCAGUGUGGCACGUGACGGACGCGCAGAUCGUCACGCUGUGCGGCGCGGACGCCGCCGACUACCUCAUCCUGCUCCGCUGCACGUGCGCGCUCAUCGCGGCGCUGCUGGUGCCGGCGAUGGCGCUUCUGCUCCCCGCCAACCUGCGCGGAGCGGACUCCGCGGUGUGCGACUAUCUGGCGGCCGCCACCAUCGCGCACGUCGCGCCCGCCGCGCCCGCGCUCUGGAUGCACGCGCUCUUCGCGCUGCUGCUGCCCCCCGCCGUGCACCUUGCCAUCCGCGCCUUCCGCCGCCAGCGCGUGCGCGCCAGGGCGGUGGCGCAGGGCAGGGACGGGGACGCAGGGAGCGCAGGGGGUGCGGGGUGGGGGUGGGGUUGGGGGACAAGCGGGGGGCAGAGCAGCAGAGAUGGGGAGAGUCCGCGGGAAGGGUAUGCUGUCCUGCACUGUGUUGCCCGCCAUGGCACUGCUGCUGCUGCUGGCGCCAAUGGCACUGAUGGUGAUGGGGGUGCUGAUGGUGCUGAUGAUGGUGUUGAUGGCGAUGAUGACGUGGACAUGAUAGCGCAUGACGUGGCAGAGUACACGAUUCUCAUUCGCGGAGUGCCUAGAGGCCUGUCAGCCUGCCCUCAGCUACUGUUGGAGUAUUGGGACCGCCUGUACCCGGGGAGGGUGGCGAGGGUGCUGCAGCCGCCAGACGUGGCGGCAGCGCUGGCAGCCAGGCGGCGCGUGGCGGCCCUCACAGCGCGCCUCGCCCAGGCGCAUGCCAGGGCUGCGCUGCAGGGCACCGUGGGCGCGGAGACAGGUGCGGGCGCGGGGGGCCGAGCACACAUGCGAGGUGAUGAUGAUGCUGCUGCUGGCGGUGCUGAUGUGGCGUCUGCGUCUGUGCACGAGCCGCUCAUCGCUUGGAGUGGCCGGCAGGGCCCAGCUGGCAUGCAGGGGAUGGGAGGAGGGGAGAUGGAGGAAGGGGAAGAGGAGGAGGGAGGGAGGAGGGGGCAAGGCAGUGGCACAAGUGGGCCAGUGGCGUCUUCUCUCCUCGCCUGCCUCCGUCUCUUCCUGCCACCCCAAGCAGCCCGCUCUGCCAUGCGCUGCCUCUGCAGCCUCCCGCUCGCCGCCCUGCACUCGCUCUCGCUUUCCCUCUCGCACCUCCUUGCCCCCCUGCGUGCUCUCCUCCCCCCCACGUCCCCCGCCUGGCUGUGGGGCAUGGGGGUGCGCGACUGGGGGGGGGAGGCGCGGAGGCUGGAGGAGCAGGUGCGCCAGGCGGAGCGGGAGGCGCAGCUGCUGCGGAGGGGCAGGGGGGGCGGGGCGGGGGUGGCGCUGGUGGUCUUUCGCGAUGCCUACACAGCGACCCGGGCUUUAAGAGACGCCCUGUGGGCCUCCCCCAGGUGGCGCCUCGCCCCCCUCGCCACUGCCUCCUGGCGCGUCGAGCGUGCGCCGCCCGCCGCCAGCAUCAUCUGGUGCAACGUGGGUGGCAGCCGGGCGGCGAGACGUGUCCGCACGUGGGUGGUGAAUGUGGUCGUGGUGGUUGCGCUGUGUGCGUGGUCGUGCCCGCUCGCCUUGCUCUCGGCUGUCUCCUCCGCCGCCCACACUGCUGAUACUGCUGCCCUCUCCCACCUCAACGCCUGGCUCAUUUGGGCGCGCAACAACAGCGGCACGGCAGCAGUGGCGCUGCAGUUCCUCCCCAACGUGCUGUCGUUCACCGCCAUGUACGGUGUCAUGCCAGCAGCGCUGCACCGCCUCGUGCUGUUUGAGGGCCACAUCACCACGUCGCGCCAGCAGGCGGCGCUGCUGCUGAAGCUCACGGCGCUGUACCUCUUCAACCUCUACGUGCUCAAGGCGCUGCUGGAGGCGUUGCUGCAGGCGGCACUACUACAUGCGGAGCGCUGCUCGCUGCUGUCCCCGCACUGCCCCUCCGUGCUGCACUGGCUCAACGCCUCGCUCAUCCCGGCCUCAUCGCUCUCAGCGCUCUGCUUCCUCCUCACCUCCGCGCUGCUGGGCGUCUCCUUUGACCUCCUGGCGCCCCUCGCUUGGCUUGCCCCCCGCCUGCAUCGCCUGCGCCUCUCCCUGCGCCGCCUCUCACUGCACCGCAUGUGCCUAUCCUCUCAACGCUGCUGCCACCGCCUCUCACAGCGAUGGCGCGCCAUCGCAAGGGCCGGCAGUGCCAUGAGCGGGGCAGCGGCAGGCGGAGAGGGUGUGGGGGUGGGGAAUGUGGGCAGUGGAUUCGGGGUGGUGGACGGCUGGGUGGGAGCACUGGUGGCCAGGAGGGCGCAUGUGGGAGGAGUUGGAGCGGUGCAGGGCGGUGCUUAUGUGCCUCUGCCAGGGGAUGCUGUUGAGGGUCGUUGUGGGAAUGGUGAUGCUGAGACACGUGGCAGACAGCCAUUGGAUGACAUGGCUCAAGGUGAGCCCACACCAGCAGCAGCGCAACCAGGUGGCAGCACAGUAGCGCAGCAGCCGUCAGCAUGCGCAUACCCCACACCAGACGCACCAGCAGCAGGGGGGGCAGAAGCACUAGAGCAUUCCAGGAAGCGGCGGGGCGAGUUGCAGUUUGACUACGCGCAGUACUACGCGUACAACACCACGGCGCUGUGCCUGAUGCUCUUCCACGCGCCCCUCGCCCCCCUGGUGCUGCCGGCGGGGCUGCUCUUCUUCUCCUACCGCCUCAUCGUCGACAAGUACAAUUUCCUCUUCCUCUACCGCCCCCGCCCUCACCACCACUCCCACCACCACCACCCAGCACCGCACUCAACCGCAUCGCUGUCGUCCCAGCCAGUUUCUCUGGUGCCCCCCUCAGGCCCACAGAUGGUAUCAGAUGGGCGGCUGGUGAGGGCAGCAGUGGGGGUGCUGCGCAUGAGUGUGUGCGCCACCCUUGCUGCUCUUGCUGCACUCCUUGCCUUCAAAGGAGACCUCGAUAGGCUGCAGGCCGUGCUGUUGGGGUCGGUAUCGGUUGUCCUUUCUGUCAUGUAUGGCGUAGAGUCUCUAGUGAGAGUGCCAGGGAAGGCACGAGUGGUGGGCGGUGCGCAUAGGCAUGGUGGUAACCAUGUGUUGCCAGAGAGACUGGUGAAUAGGCCAACUGCUUAUGAGGUGUGCUGGCAGCAAGUAUUGAACGAAGAGCUGUGA